GCAAUCAUCAGGAAAACCUGGCUUUACUCAUAUCUUAUCAGUUGAUAAUGCAUUGAAUAAACGCAUGUUAAAAACGUCAAGAAUUAUUCUGUGCAUUUUAAAAGUUUAAAUUGUUCUCUUUAAUUUUACUGAAAUAUCGUUGUUAUGGAUAUAUUAAAACCAGAGUUGGUAUGGGUAGAGAAUCGAUGCUACAGGUUUUGCGAUAAUUCUGCAUGGUCUCGUGGAAAAAAUCUUAAACCUUACGAAGAAGAAGCUUGUUUUGAACCUGAUUAUGAUGUAUGUAAUGAAGAAAGUUGUGAAGAACCAAUUGAAAUUGAAAUUUACAAAGAAAAUCGAUUUAAACAUAGUUUCCACCUCAAUAGUCAUUUCUAUCGUUUCAUUAUUGGACCAAAAGGAAGCACUUUGAAACGACUCAAUAAUGAAACAAGAACAACUAUAACAGUACCAAGAAUGGGUGAAGCGGGAGAAAUUGUAAUAAUCGGAAGAAGUAAAAGAGAUAUUACACGAGCAAGAAAUCGUAUAAAUAUAUUAGUUGAGACUUCUAGGAAAAAACUUCCAUUUACUCAUUUUGUCUCUUUGCCAUGCAAUACCCCAGAAAUAAUAGAAAACUUCAAAAGGUUUCAAGAAAAUAUUUUGAAGAAGUAUGGCCAUGGUGUGAGGGGGAUUCGUCCUGAAUUGUUUAAUGAACCUCACAAAUUACAUCUUACUCUAGGUCUUAUGGUACUAUUAGAUGAAGAUGAACGUACGCAUGCUAUUGAAGCUUUACAAAUGUGUAAAAAAAAUGUCUUAGAACCCUUAUUAGAAGAAAAUGGUCCAAUUACAAUUGAAUGUAAAGGAGUAGAGUGCAUGAACGAUGAUCCUAGUGAAGUAAAUGUUUUAUUUAUAAAGGUUCAUGAUGAAAGCGGCUGCCUUCAAAAACUGGCAGAUGGUAUUACAGAUUUCUUGAUAGAUCAAGGUCUGAGUAGGAGAGAACGUGAUCACGUAAAGCUUCACUUGACAGUUAUGAAAACUGCUAAUCUUUCAAGAGAAGCAGAAUUCAAUAGUUGGAGAAAGAAAGAAACAUUUGAUGCUACAAAUAUUUUAAUAGAACAUAAAGACACAUAUUUUGGAACUAUUACAGUAUCUACUCUUCAUCUUUCUCAAAGACAUACAACAUCAGAGGAUGGAUACUAUAAGGCUACUAUGGUACUAGAAUUAUAAAUACUGAUUACAUUAUUACUGAUAAGUUAAUGAAAAUAUUUUUAUAAAACAGAAAAAAA